AGAUAACCAAAGUAUUUAAGAUGGAUUUAUUUUUCAAAAGAUUAUUUAGUCUUUAGAGUGGCUUCCAGGUAAGCAACGAAUAUCAAGAUAUAAACACACCAAAAUUAUUCUAAUAUUUCAUUGUCAAAUAUAGAACACACAAAUUGCUUUCAAAAUUUGCCCAAAAAUGAAGACGCUCCUACUCUUAGCUACCUUGGUGCUAGCUUAUCGAGUUGAAGCCUUCAAAAACCUGUACAAAGAUACCAACAAGCUUCUAAGAGCGCGUCCAGGCGCCGACGUUGGAGAUCCUCUUAUACUCACUCCAUACCUGAAGCUAAACAAAAUACUCGAAGCUCAAGCGGCUGCCAAAGUUGAACAUCCAAGUUUCCUCAACGUCACAAGCUACGCUGGAUAUUUCACUGUCGAUGAACGUUACGAUUCAAAUAUUUGGUUUUGGUAUUUUCCUUCUGCAGACAAGCCCACUGAUGAUCCAGUAGUUCUCUGGCUAAAUGGUGGUCCAGGAGCUUCAAGUUUAAAUGGCCUCUUUGACGAAAACGGACCUUUUAUUGUGGGUAGUGACGGUUCAGUGAGCCUAAGAGAAUAUUCCUGGCACAAAAAUCAUUCUCUUCUCUUCGUGGAUAAUCCAGUCGGAGUAGGCUACAGUUUCACUAAUGGAAACGGACUUGCUAGAAAUGAAACAAAAGUUGGUGAAGACAUGCACUCAGCCUUAACUCAGUUUUUCCAACUAUUUCCAGCUCUUCAAAAGAAUACCUUUUUUAUCAGUGGAGAAUCUUAUUCUGGAAAAUAUUUGCCUGCUAUUGGUUACACUAUUCUAAAGAAAAACCCAAUAGCUGAAUCAAAGAUAAACUUGCAAGGCAUCCUUAUUGGUGAUGGUUGGACUGAUCCAAUCAAUCAACUCAACUAUGGACCUUUUCUUUAUAAUACUGGUCUUAUCAGUGCCAGUGUUAAAGAACAAAUUGAUCAAUACAGAGAUAAUGCUAUCAAACUAAUUCAAGCAGGUGAAUACUCAGCCGCUGAUGAAGUAACCAACGAAAUUUAUUCUCUAGUAGGAUCUGUGUCCAACGUUAACAUCUAUAACUACGUUGAAAAAUAUGAUGAUCCAGAUGUCUGGCCAUCUUACUUGAAUACUGAUGAACUCAGAAGAGCAAUCCAUGUAGGAAACAUUAUCUUUGGCGAUAAAGGUGCAGGAGAGGCUUUGGAAGAUGACAUAUCCCAGAGCAUAGCUCCUUUGGUGGAAGAACUUUUGGAAAAUUAUCCAGUUCUUUUAUACACAGGCCAGCUAGAUAUCAUUUGUGGUUAUCCAAUGGCCUUAGAUUAUAUUCAAAAAUUGAACUUCACUGGAAUUGAAGAGUAUCGAAAUUCUUCCAGAGAUAUUUGGUAUGUGAACGGUGAGCCUGCAGGUUAUGUAAGAACUGGAGGAUAUUUGACAGAGCUGUUGGUUAGGAAUUCUGGACACAUGGUGCCACGGGACCAACCUAGAUGGGCAUAUGAUAUGCUUUAUAAAUUUACAAGGAAUCAACCCUAUGCUUGAGUAAAUUAAUUUAUGGUUCAGAAAAUGUGUUUCAAGUUUCUGUUCUCAUUGAAGGAAAAAAAAAAUCCUCUUACUACCACUUAG